UGACGUCACGGGGGGAGUCGCCGCUGCCGAGAGGAGCUCGGUGGGCACGGGCGGGCGCGCCGCAGUGGCCGGUGUCCGCCCCGCUCCGCGCCCGCAACUUCCCGCAACUAAGUUGGUGAGCGGCGAAGCGGCCCGGCGGCGAUGCGGGGCUCGGCGGGGGCCCCGAGUUAGUGUCGACCGCGCCGCCGGUGCGCGGGUUGGGGUAACCCGGUUCCGCCCCCCAUCCCUUCUCCUCCGCCCCCGGUGAGAUACCCCCGCGGCCGCCCACGGGGAUGCGGACGCGGCGCUGAGCGUUUCGCCAUGGAGGGGCCGAGCGGGUCCAGCUUCGGGAUAGAUACGAUCCUGUCGGGUGGCAGCACCGGCAGCCCCGGAGUCAUGAACGGAGAUUUUCGCCCCCACGGCGACGGCCGGCCGGCGGAUUUUAGGAGCCAGGCCACGCCGUCCCCCUGCUCGGAAAUCGACACGGUGGGGACGGCGCCCUCAUCGCCCAUCUCGGUGAGCAUGGAGCACCCCGAGCCGCACCUGGGGGUGGCGGAGAGCCUCCCGCCGCCGCCGCACCACCUCCACCUCGGCCCACACCCGCCGCCGCCACCGCCGCCGAGUUUGCAGCCGUCGCCCCCGCAGCCACCGCCGCCACAACUGGGCUCGGCCAGCUCCGGCCCCAGGACUUCCACCUCUUCUUUUUUAAUUAAGGACAUUUUGGGAGACAGCAAACCGCUAGCGGCGUGUGCACCUUACAGUACCAGCGUCCCCUCUCCCCACCAUACUCCCAAGCAGGAGGGCAGCGCGGCACCGGAGAGCUUCAGGCCCAAACUCGAGCAGGAGGACGGUAAAGCCAAGCUCGACAAACGCGACGACACGCAGGGGGACAUCAAAUGCCACGGGACAAAGGAGGAGGGCGACCGGGAGAUCAGCAGCAGCCGGGAUAGCCCGCCAGUGCGGGCUAAGAAGCCUCGGAAGGCACGAACAGCCUUCUCCGACCAUCAGCUCAACCAGCUGGAGCGCAGCUUCGAGCGGCAGAAGUACCUGAGCGUGCAGGACCGCAUGGACUUGGCCGCCGCCCUCAACCUCACCGACACGCAGGUCAAAACCUGGUACCAGAACCGGAGGACGAAGUGGAAGCGACAGACGGCGGUGGGCCUGGAGCUGCUGGCCGAGGCCGGGAACUACUCAGCGCUGCAGCGGAUGUUCCCCUCGCCCUAUUUCUAUCACCCCAGCCUGCUGGGCAGCAUGGACAGCACGACGGCAGCUGCGGCGGCCGCAGCCAUGUACAGCAGCAUGUACCGGACUCCCCCCGCGCCGCACCCCCAGCUCCAGCGGCCGCUGGUGCCGCGGGUGCUGAUCCACGGGCUGGGGCCCGGCGGGCAGCCGGCCCUCAACCCCCUGGCCAACCCCAUGCCCGGCACCCCGCACCCCCGGUGAAACGGCACCGCGGUCCCCGCAACGAGCCCUUCCCCUCCCCGUCCCCAAACAAGCCCCAGCACCGCAGAGGAGGAAGCGAGGGGAAGCCGAGGGGCAGGAGCUUCUGCAGGCAGUCACCGGCCACCGAGGGAGGCGAUCAGUCAGAGCAGGGACUCUUGAAACGUGAACCCAGAGCCGAGCCCGUAAGUGAAACGACCACACGCGGGGGAAGGCGGGCAGAGCCGCGGGGCGACCCGCCGACCUCGGCUCCUGCGAGGCAGGACUUGGAGCUCGGAGAAAGAGUCACGGAGGGGGUGGAGGAGAGGGAGAGGGAGCCCAGCCCGAGCCCGCCGGAGAGACUAACGGCUGCGGAGGACAGAGGGAAUGAGAGCGCCUCGACCCCCGAGCGGCGGAGAAGACCGGGGGAACGGAGAACUUUGCACUGAUUUUUCUCAUUACCUUUUUUUUUUUUUCUUAUUGAAAAGUGGCAUGCUCCCUAAUGCGAACAGAAUUGUACAGACCGAGUGCUGAGUGCUAUAUCAUAUUUAUUAUAUGUCGUCCAAAAAAGGAGAAAAAAAAUCACUUCUAUACGUUAGUUUAAAACGAACAAACGUGGUUCUUCCCUAUCCCUUUUCAUGUCUUUUUGGAUUCAGUAAAAUAAAUGCUUAGAUGACAAAAUAUAGAUUUUUUUUUUUGUGAUUGAAAAAUCACAGGGAAAAAAAAAAGAAAAAAAAUAAACUUUAUCUUUUUUUAACAAACGCGAAAAUUCAAGGUAGCUAAUUUCCCCGUGACGAGAACUCAAGAAAUUCGGAGUAAAAAAGGCAGAUGCCACUUUUUUAUUUUGAAUAUUAUAUUGAAUAUAUUUUGAAUUUUAGGCUCGUUGUUUCUUAACAGGCGCUGUUUUUCCCUAUCUGUAUUUUAAAGGCAAAUCAAAUCCCCCGCAGGUGUGGAGCCCCUUGCUGUUGUUUUAAGCACCUGGGCAGGGCGGUAACGGGUAGUGGCUCUGGCCCCUUGGGGGCGGGUGCGGCGGGGCCGUGCAGAGCCUGGGGACACGGCCCCGGCCCGGCAGCUGUGUCCGCACGGAGCUGGGACGGGCAGGGAGCGUCGGCGGUCGGGGUGAGUAACGACGGGAAACAGGCAGGGAGGGCGGAGGGGUCCCGGCGGACAGGGAGCUCCCGAGCCCCGCUGGCCUUUGAACUUUUACUACUGUGUGUGCCCGUUCCCCCCUCCCCAUCCCUUCCCCGGGCAGCUUCCCUGCCGAGCGCCUCCUUGCCGGUGCCGGCGUGGGCCGCCCGGCCGUCCCGCGGGGGCAGAGGGACUGCGGGUCGGGACUGGGGGCUGUGACCCUCCUCUGGACUCCGGGGACGGCUCUGUCCCCAGCCGCUGGAGGUGAACACCCCCCUGCGAAAUUAGAAAGUUAUACAGCAAUUACCUAUAAAACAUUCAUAAAGUCCCAUAUUAUCCUCUCCUCUGAGGGUUUGGCGCUUCGUUGUUUUUUUUUUUUUUUUUUCCCUUCUCUCUAUUUUUGCUCGUGGGUCCCCUUUAUUUUAAGAUAGAAGGGAAAAAAAUCCCGAAAAAAGGAAAAGAGAAGCCUCCGGGCACGUUUAUUUGGGCUUUGCUAAUUAGCGAGCGGCUUGCUGAUUUCUGUGCUAAUAAAUUCGCGUUAAAACCAUAUUGACCUUUGCCUUGAUCUAACAAAAGGGGAGCGGGUCGGGAACGCCCACUUCGGUUUUCGCCCGUGUUGCGGUGGCUGCUGAGAAUUCCCCCGCGCCUUCGCCGUGGCCCCCGGGUCCCCCCCACCGGAACGGACCGGAGGUGGGACCCUGCGUGGCCCGAGC